CUGCGUCCUUUCACUACACCGCCACUCAAGAUACAAAAAGCCCUUACCGGUACCCGCUCAACUUCCUCUCCUCCUACUCUCUUCAACAAUCAACUCCAACAACCUUAUCAACCCAAAUCCGAGUACGCACAACCCUCAAUCCAUCAACAUGAAACUGCUCAAGUUCAUCAUCGGUCUCGUCGCCUUGGCCGACACAAGCCUCGCUGCUCCAACCAACGUCACCGUCACCGAGGUCGAUCUUGCUGCUCGCGGACCCAACGACCACCAUGUGAGUGACUUCCUCAAUCUUGGACUUUCCAACGAGCUAAACAUUCAUAGGUCAUUGCUUGCGACGUGGGCCAUCGGGAGCCAUGCGAGUAUUUGCCAGUGUAUGCGGGACAAGGCAAUUGCUGGAGGAUCACAUCCGGGAACCAAGGUGGACGCGUCGCUCGCCAUGCCAAGUCAUUCAUCUUGCCCUCGUCCAACCCUUCGGCCUGGCACUGCUGGUUCUUUGCCCAAGACAAUUGCAGGGGCAGUGAUUCCUGCUACGUGCGCAGGACCCUGCCAGACUCUGGUUGUCGCUAUGAGUAUCAGUCCUACCAGUGCAUCGAUGACAUGUGAAGAGCGAUUCGAUGGGGCGGAUCUUGGAUGGUACAAGACAAGGAUAUCAGGGGACUAAAUGGAGGAAUCGGUAUGGAAAAGACUCCGGGUAGAGGACGGCUCUAUGACAAGACUGGGCUGGGAUGGGAUCGCGAAGGAAUGAAGGAAGACAAAUGACACAUCUACUUGCCUGUGCCUGUGUGACCUUGACUUUAAGCCGUGAGAGUCCCUAUUCGGUGCUGCUAGCCCGGUA